AUGGAAGAGCUACGCUGCGCUGCCGUCGUUUCGAACCUCGAAGGCAUCAGGGGCAUCUCCUUUUGGGUGGAAGAUGUUGCAAAGCUCGCAACCCUGCCGGGUCUGGACAGGCGAGUCGGACGCCUCGAGGCCGCCGCGGGCAUAACCCCCCCGCCGCCCGUUACCGAGCCGUCGUGGAACGGACUCGUCUGGCGCAUAUGGCGACUUCGAAACAGGAUGCCCAAGGACGCCAUCAAGGAGUUUGAGGCGGGAGCCUCUGUGGCCGGGGCGGACUUCAAGUCCAUGAUGCCAGACGCCUCGGGGAUUUCGCUCCAAGACGUCCAAAACGCACUCGACAGCGUCAGAAUCCACGGGGGGUGUCCGCCGCUCGCCCCCGAGGUCGACAAUGACGACCUGCGGCUCAGCUACAGCCUGCAGCGGCUCUGUCACAUGGCUGGCAGGAAGAACUUGUACCUCGGCGCCGUCCCCGUCGGCCUCGUCGACGUCUACGUUCUCGCCGUCCGCCUCUCGCUGCAUGCAGAGGUCGACGGCCACACGACGGCGACGCGGCCCCCCGGGUCGUGGCCUCGGUUCUCGCCGCUUCCUGCGCGCCCGCCGGCGAAGCCUUGCGGCGACUGCUGGGGCUGCUACUGCCACAGCAACGUGGUGCCCGUGCCGCCGCGGCAGAGGCGGCGCUGGAACAGGAGGAGCUCCUCGGCGUCGUCUGCUUCCGAGACGAGUGUGCCGAGGAAGCGGCUCGGGUGGCUGGCAAGACUGUGCUUUUGGAGGAAGAGGUCGGUGAGCGACUACGAGUCCAUUACUUCACGCGGUUCCAGCACGAUUGUUGACUAG